UGGUUGGUAGGAAAUUAGAGCUGGGAAUGAUGCUUAAAAAUGAAAUACAGCAGUUUGGACAAGUUAAAAAGGAAAAAUCAGUGCACUUCUAUUCCACAAUAGUUUGAUUAUUUUCUUGUGAAACAACGGCACCAAGGAUACAAUAAAUAAUAUUGCAUUGCAUAUUGACAACGGUUUCUACCGGCUUUUGGGCUUCAGUGUGUUUGUGUGUGUGCGUUGCGUCUGUUUUUGAAGGCAAAUAUAUUUAUUUACAAAAUAUAAAUACAAAGAUUGACCGAAAAUGCUCUGGCGCGAACUCUGUCUGCUGGCUUUGGCUGUGUUGGCCACAAAGCCGGCUUUGGCACAAAACUCGCCGGCUGUGGUCUCGGACAUUGUCACCCUGGUGCCGGGCGCCUCCGUUAAUGUUACCUCCAAUCCGUCCGGCAAGACGCUCUGGACAUUUUGCUACAGGGGUAAAAAACCCUCGGUUAUCAGUUUCCUGGAGACAGUGGAGUUCCACCUGGCGAUUGACAGCGAGGACUAUGCCCAGUAUGGGGGCAAGACGCCGGCGGAGGUCCUGAAUCACUACAGGGAACGGCAAUCGCUGUUCAGUGUGACGCUGUUCUCCCAGAAGCGCCAGCGCAUCCAAAUGUCACCGUUCAAGGAGCAAUGCAUCGGCAUUGCCUCUCGAGAAGCGUACAGCGUGACCCUUAAUUACUUGCCCCUGGAUCUGUGGCGUCUCCUGCAGCUGAUGGCCGGCCUCGCCAUCUUCUGGAUCAGUCGACGGCUGGCCAAGAAUAGUGUGUUCUACUAUCUAGCCGGGGUUAUCCUGGGCAUCUGUGCCUCCAUGCUGGUGUUAAUCUAUCUGGCUGCCAAGCUCGUACCGCGUCGUCCCAUGAUGUAUGGCGUUUUGAUAGGCGGCUGGACCCUGGGCUUCUAUGUCCUCAAGCAGCUGUCGGACAACUUGCGCCUCAUCCUGCUCACCUAUCGCGAAUAUGUGGUAUCGUACAUAAUCAUCACAGGACUGAUAUCAUUUCUGAUUUGCUAUCGCAUCGGACCGCCAGUGAAUCCGCGCUCGCAAAACAUCAUCAUGUGGGUGCUGCAGGCGACGGGCGGCGCCCUGGUUUACUUCAGCAGCUGGCACACGAACGCGGCCACCUUUCUGAUGGCUUUGAACUUUGUGGCCUACUACUUCCCCCAGUCGCUGCUCGAUUACUGCAAGCGGGCAUAUCGCCGACGCUUUCCGCCCAAGAGGCGUCUGCUUACCCAGGAGGAGUACUACCAGCAGACCGUCGAGGAGACCUCCAAAUCCCUGACCGAGCUGCGACAGUACCUCAAUAGUCCGGCGUGCAAGCAGUGGGAUGUCAUCACCAGGCUGCAAAAUCCCAUGCGCUUUGCAGAGUUUGCCAAUGGGGCACCCCAUCUGGAGGACGAGGAGAUCGAGGACUAUUCGCGGGCCCUGGAGGAGUCCCUGGAGCAGGCACAGGACGAGGAUGCCGAGGAGUUUUUGCAGUGCAGCAUGCACUACCGUCCGCCGGCCUACAGGCGUUGGUCGGACAAUCACAGUGGCCUGGAUGUACCGAGCCACCGAUAAGAUUAGCUGUAGAGGAGCAGGAGGAGCUCUAGCCAGGGGAAAGUGCCACAAUUGAGACUGCAUUUUGUCAUAGUUUUAAGUUCCUAUUUGUACUUAAUUUAAGUUUUUCGUUCCAACACCCCGUCUCACUUGCGUCCUCUGUUCCCAUUGAUCUGUAAUGUUGAAGUACAAAAACAAACACCGAAGAGAAAUAUGUACCAUAUGUCGAAAUUAAAGUCUUGUAUAUUGAA